GUGACGGGAAACAUUGAGUUAGCAUACCGUGGCUAGGUCUACUAGUGUGUGUGUUCAUUUGUCAAAAUGUUACCUUUAUCAAUUAAAGACGACGAGUACAAACCAGCCAAGUUCAAUUUGUUGCUGAAGCUGUCGGGAUGGAUCAGGUCAAUUCUCGCAGACAAAACCUCCAGAAACCUUUUUUUCUUCUUAUGCUUGAACCUCUCCUUCGCCUUUGUGGAAUUAAGCUUCGGCAUCUGGAGCAACAGUUUAGGCUUGAUCUCAGACUCCUUCCACAUGUUUUUUGACUGCACGGCAUUGUUGGCGGGCCUGGCUGCCUCUGUCAUCUCCAGGUGGCGCUCUAAUGACAGCUUCUCUUACGGGUAUGUCAGAGCUGAGGUUCUUGGUGGCUUCGUCAACGGACUUUUCCUCAUCUUCACUGCUUUUUUCAUCUUCUCUGAAGGAGUUGAGAGGGCUCUUGAGCCUCCAGAUGUUCAUCAUGAGCGUCUGCUUCCUGUCUCUGUCGCUGGUCUGCUUGUCAACCUGGUGGGAAUUUUUGUCUUCCAGCAUGGAGGACACGGACACUCGCAUGGAGAGCAGGGUCAUGGCCACAGCCACUCAUUGUUUAACGGCAUGACGACUCACAAGGGACACAGCCACCACGCACACCACGGGCAUGAAGGACACGCACACCACGGGCAUGAAGGACACGAUCACCACGGGCAUGAAGGACACGCCCACCACGGGCCUGAAGGACACGCCCACCACGGGCCUGAAGGACACGCCCACCAUGGAAGUCACCAUGGACACAGCCAUGAAGGACACACCCACCAUGGACACAAUCACGACGACGAGCAUCGCCUUGGUUCCAACAAACAGAUCCUUCAGGGCGUGCUGCUGCACAUCAUGGCCGACACUUUGGGCAGCGUCGGUGUCAUCAUCUCAGCUCUUCUCAUGCAGAACUACGAGUUAAUGAUCGCUGACCCCAUCUGCUCCAUGCUCAUUGCCAUCCUCAUUGGAGUCAGUGUGGUGCCUUUGUUGCGAGAGUCAAUCGGGAUCUUAAUGCAGAGGACGCCGCCCUCUCUGGACUACGCCCUACCCGAGUGCUACCAAAGGGUGCAGCAGCUGCAGGGCGUUUACAACGUGCACGAGCCUCAUUUCUGGACGCUGUGCACCGAUGUCUACAUCGGAACACUCAAACUCCUCGUGGCUCCAGACGCCGACACGCGCUGGAUCCAGAGCCAGACGCACCACAUCUUCACACAGGUCGGAGUUCGUCAGCUGUAUGUGCAGAUCGACAUCGCCGCCAUGUAGAGGCUCCUCCCCCUUUGGACUCUGGGACCAAUUUGCCUGUUGUCUGCUGUGGUGACCUCUGACCUUGGGUUCACAGCAGGACCUUUUGAGGUGGGGCAUACUGUGAUGAACUCAGACUGCCCUUUAUAAUUUUGUUGCCUGUUACCCGUCCUUGUCAGCCUGAAAGGGGCUGCCCUUUUCAAGCCUCCCACACGCCCCCUCCAAGAACCUGUUGACUGGAACAGGGAAUUCUGGGAAAGUGCCUUCAUUAAUAAUCAGAGCUGAACUAAGCACUGGAGGGAUUCGCCUCCUCUGACAGAGUGCUGCCAGCUGAUUGGUCCAUGGACUGUGUGCUUGUGUGUGUGCACGUGCGUGUGCCAAAAUGUGAACAGUCACAGGGUGUACGUAGAACCUCAGCAGUAAUAAAAGACCAAUGACCUUUA